AUGUCUGUGGACACGCUGUUUUUGGACAACGUGAAAGAGCCGAAAAACUUCAACAAUAAUGCUCCCUUUGACCUUCUAGUGCUGGAUCUUUUUCUCAAGCUCGAGUCCACAACUCUGGAAAACAAAGCGCCCUUUGACACAGUCAGCGCCAAAAAGACCCAUAUCAUCGAGGAAUUCGUGAAAACAUGGCGAACUCACUUUGGACCCAACAUUCUCCCUGCAGUAAGACUCAUUUUCCCGAACAGGGACGGGCGCAAGUACCACGUCAAGGACGUAGCGCUCACGAGGCUCGUCAACAAGUUGUUGAAGCUUCAACCGGGGCUGGGGGACUACCAGAUCAUCAAGAAUUGGAAAAAACUGUACCAGCAGAAAGCUAACUUAGCCAAUGACUCGGAGAGACGGCAAUUGGGCGACCUUCCGUUAAUUAUUGCUAGAAUCAUCCUGCGUCGAAGAGAUCAGACUGUGCCAGUGAAAAGUUCGGUGACUGUGGCUGAGGUGAACGACGUGUUGGACCAAUUGGCCCAGAAAACUCAGUCAAAGGAGCAAUUGGCGCUCUUGGAGCCGUUUGUGGAGAAAUUGACCAUUCCUGAGGUGAGAUACGUGUUUCAGAUGAUCCUUAAGGAGUCGAUGCUACUGUUUUUUGAGAGAGCUUUCUUUCUAGCGUGGCAUCCAGACGCCUACAAUUUGUUCAAGGUUUGUGAGGACAUGAAGAAAAUCUUUUGGGUGCUCUCAGAUCCAGAGAAGCGGUUGUUGCCUACACAAUUGUGUGUGCAGCCUAUGUACAUGUUUGUUCCCCAGAGUUCCCAGAAGCUAAACAUCUCCUACGACAGCUUGUGCAAGAGGAUGACGGUGGCAUUGCAGACAGAAAACAAAGACAAGAAGCUCGUAGAUUUGUAUAAACAAGAGCAAAUAGAAGGCCACUUUCUUAUAGAAGAGAAGAUCGACGGCGAUAGAAUGUUGAUGCACAUGGUCAAUGGGAAGUUUCGUUGGCAUACGCGCCGCCGAAGGGAUUACACUUUGGUUUAUGGCGAGAACAUCCACAUCGGGUCGCUCACGAAACACUUGACCGAUGCAUUGGACGACAAAGUGCACAGUAUAGUGCUAGAUGGCGAAAUGGUGGCCUGGAGCAAAGACAGAGAGAUGAUUUUACCCUUUGGUACGCUACGAUCAGCAGCUAUCCAGGAAGCCCUCAAGCAGUUUGAUGUGAUUGAUGUGUACGAAGGAAACAAUAGCUGGCCGUUGUUUUUGAUCUUUGACAUUCUUCAUCUCAAUGGAAGAGAUCUCACAGGGCUCCCAUUAUUCUACCGAAAAUCGCUUAUCAACAAGGUGGUGAAGGAAGUACCCCACAGAUUUGAAAUUUUGGAAUGGGUCAAGGCCAAAUCGCCUACUGAUAUUAAGGCCAACAUGCAACGGAUAGUGAGCGAGAGGAACGAAGGGAUCAUGGUGAAGUCGCUUCUUUCAAAGUAUAGAGUGUACAGUCGAGAGCUGACUUGGAUCAAGGUCAAGCCGGAGUAUCUUGAGAGUUUUGGUGAGAACCUCGACCUUGUGGUCAUUGGCAAGAUCGGCAGAGUGAAAACGUCGUAUAUUUGCGGACUCAAAGACAUUGAGGCCGAAGGCUGCUACAAGCUGUUUUGCAUGGUGGCCAAUGGGUUUCUGAAUGCAGUGUAUCGCCAGAUCGAAAGUAAAUUGGUCAAUUUCUGGCAUGAUUACACCGUGGAAAAGCCUCCAGCGACUCUAAUACAGUUUGGGACGAAAAAGCCAGACUACUGGAUUAACCCGGCCAAUCUGAUUGUGCUUGAAAUAAAGGCCAGGUCCAUAGAAGUCACGGCAGAAACACCGUACGCGGCUGGGUCUACUUUGCACAAUUUAUGGUGCCGAGCAGUCAGAGAGGACAAGGACUACGACGAGUGUAUCACUUUGCAAGAGUAUCAGGAACUCAAGGCCAGGUACUCUACCGACAUUUACAAGAACCAGGACGUCAACCGCAACCGGAAACGGCCAGGAGAAAACCUGAUUAUAGAAAAGUACGAGAAGGUGAAGAAGUUGAAAAUAGCCGCUGAACUGGAUUUGCUCACGGGCAUCCAUUUUGUCAUUGCUACAGAUUACAAGGAUCCGGACGAGCUGAAGAGUAUGAGUGCAGAGGCUUUGAAGCAAUUGGUUAGGCUGCACGGAGGAGCCAUUGAGCUCAAUCCAAAGAGAAACGAGCUUCAUGAAAAGACGGUGAUGGUGGUUGGAACCAAUCUCACGCCCCGAUUGCAACGCUGGUACAAAGAAGGAUUUGAUGUGAUUCUGCCCCGGUGGAUUGUUGAAAGCAUUCGCCACGAAAAGCUACUUCCCAUCGAGCCCAGCUUCAUUGUGGCUAGUGUGAAUGCAGGGUUCAUGAAUUUAGCCCACCAGAAUGUCGACGAGUUCGGCGACAGCUACGUUGUCACAGCCACCAGCAGCCAGGGGCUUCUCCAGCACUUGAUGAGUCUCACAGUUAAAAAGAGGCUUGCUGAUGACAGUAUCGAGAGAUGUAGGAGACUCUUCUUGGAGGAGAGUGACCGAGAGCUGGAUCCCCAUUGGUGGAUGCUCUUUUACGGGCUCAAGUUCCAUAUUGUAGGCAGCAGGAGCAGCAUCACCAGCCACAAGGCGGCCGCAGGCAGCUUGAGCCAGAGAAUCGCCCGCUUUGGAGGUGAGUGCAUUGGCGAUGUGCAUCAGAGUCAUUAUAUAGUGGUGCCUGAGAAGGUGGAGAAAAAGCACGAGGUUGUGGCUGAGGUAGCACGAGUGAGCAGAGAAUUGAGGGCACGAUACGUGGAGGGCAAGAAAAUCGCUAGGGUUGUGAGAGAGUCUUUUGUCGUGGAAAGUGUCAAGGAAGGAGUAGUGGUGGACGCUGAAGAUCACAAUUACUCGGCGGAUUGA